AAAAUCCAAUUCAGAUACAUUAGAAUCCUGCACAAGGACCACGUGGUGUGCUAUAUUAGUAUUUAGACCAUGUGGGUACUCUGUAUAAAAAGUAAGCAAGCUAGCAGGCAUGGCAAGCAAAUUGAUGGUACUGAUAAUUUUUAUUGGCCAGCCAGCAAUACCACUAUUUCGAGAACAUUGCUUUCAUUGGAUGCAUCAAAAGCAUUAAUUUCUUGUUUCAACUCUUGCCCCACCUCUGAAACAAACCCGUUUUUCCAUGGAUCUUUCACUUAAACUUAAAAUCCAGUCGCCCGCUACUUUCUCUUUAACUCACCGGAAAUUUCACUCUCCGAUCGUCCGUCCGCUUAAACACCAAAUACCGAUUAUUUCUACAUCAACUUUGAACUUAAAGUUUAGAACUUUUAUAAUAUCGUCUCAAAACCACCAACCAACAACGUUCAUGUCCAAGUUUAAUAAGAAGAACAAUAAGGCUUUUGAAGGUGUUAGUGAAGAGCUUAAUCUGAUUGCUACUCAAAAUUUAGACCAUGCCCCAGCUCGCAGGCGGGUUCGAUCGGCUUUCGCUGAGGCUGUACAGCAGCUUGAUCAUCCUUUGUUCAAGGGGGCUCCUACUGGGAUUAUAACACAGGAGUGGUAUGAAAGGAAUUCAGAAGGUUUGGAGAUCUUCCUGAAGAGCUGGAUGCCACCACCAGAUGUUCAAAUUAAAGGUGCUGUGUAUUUUUCCCAUGGAUAUGGUGAUACCUGCACUUUCUUCUUUGAAGGUAUUGCAAGGCGAAUUGCUGACUCCGGUUAUGGUGUUUAUGCUUUGGACCAUCCUGGUUUUGGUCUUUCUCAAGGAUUGCAUGGUUACAUCCCAAGCUUUGAUGACUUGGUCGACAAUGUUAUCGAACAAUACACAAAAAUAAAGAGUUUGUUAUCUACCGUGUCUUGUAAUGGAAGACCUGAACUAAGAGGAUUGCCUUGCUUCAUACUGGGGCAGUCCAUGGGUGGAGCUAUUACCCUCAAAGUUCACCUAAAGGAACCACAUGCAUGGGAUGGCAUGAUCCUUAUAGCUCCUAUGUGUAGAAUUUCAGAGGAUGUCAAGCCACCACCACCAGUUUUGAAGGCAAUAACCCUUUUGUCUAGAGUCAUGCCAAAGGCAAAGCUCGUUCCCCAGAAAGAUCUAUCAGAGCUGUUCAUCAGGGACCUGAAGACAAGAAAAAUGGCUGAUUACAAUGUAACUGGUUACAAUGAUAAAAUGCGGCUUAAAACUGCUGUCGAACUCUUGAAGGCUACAGAGGAAAUUGAGGCACAACUGGAUAAGGUUUCAUCUCCAUUGUUGAUUAUUCAUGGAGCUGCUGAUAAGGUGACAGAUCCUCUGGUCAGCCAGUUUCUGUAUGAGAGAGCCUCUAGCAAAGAUAAAACGUUAAAACUCUAUGAAGCAGGUUAUCACUGUAUUCUUGAAGGGGAACCUGGUGACAGAAUUUUUCACAUUUUUGAUGAUAUUCUUUCAUGGCUUGAUUCCCGAUGCUCUUAGAAAGUUGUCAUUUCAUUCAGCGCCCUGCCUUUCUGUUACUUCCCUGGCAGUCACUGCCUCCCAUUUUUUGCUUUUAAGUUCAUGUUGCCAUCUGUUGAAGAUGUAGGAUCAUAAUUGAAAAUCAAUGUAAGUCGUUCAAGUUUCUGGUGUUGGACACAAUCUACAAGGCACCUUGCUUGGUUAUUGUACUUUAUCGUCAUGGACAAGUUCUGGCAUAGGCUUGCACAUGUAUGGAUGUGCUGAAUCUCCAGAUCAACAAGUGGGAAGCUCGGCUCAAUAAAACUUCAAUCAUAUGAAAUCAUUUUAUGAUAAAAGUUCUAUUUGAAUUCA